CAAGUGUCAUUUUGGGAAUUAGUCAAUUGCGAUUGAAAUAGAAUAGAUUUGUAAAGGCGUGCUUGUUGUUUUAAUUUAAUUUCAAUUUGUGUUUAUUUAAAAUUUUUAUUUAAACGACGCAAGUGUUUGUUUUCCAAACACUGCAGCAAGAAGUGUGUGAAUAUGUUUGCAACUAGUGCUCUGGCCAGGAGCUUGUUGCUUUUUGUCUUGGUCUUAUUUGUGGGUGUGUUCGCCCAAUUUGAGUGGCAAGCCCGUGAUGCUUUCGAUGAAAUUAAAAUAAAAUACGAUAAAGUUAAUCCUGACAAUUGCCCCAUACAACAUGUUAGUGAUUUGUACUUGCCGGAAGAUACAGUGUCUCAUAAGCCAGACAUUAAAGAAAUCAAUAUAAAUCCCAUAUUUCCAAAUCGUACCGCAUUGUUGCAUCUGCACAACAUGGCGUUGAGUAGAAGUUUCUUUUGGAGUUAUAUUUUACAGUCUCGUUUUAUAAGACCUGCCAUCAAUGAUACUUAUGAUCCCGGAAUGAUGUACUACUUCCUCUCUACCGUGGCAGAUGUCUCGGCGAAUCCAUCAAUUAACGCCUCAGCUAUAUAUUUUGCUCCCAAUAGUUCGUAUACUUCCUCGUAUAGAGGUUUCUUCAAUAAAACUUUUCCUCGUUUUGGACCAAGAACUUUCCGUUUGGAUGAUUUUAAUGAUCCCAUACAUUUACAAAAGAUCUCCACCUGGAAUACCUUUGAUGUACGAGAUUUAGGUGCCCAUCCACCAGAGUCAGUGUCACAGGAUUAUACCUCAGAUUUGUAUAAAAUAAAUGAAUGGUAUAAGAAAUGGCUACCCGAUGAUGUAGAGGGACGUCAUGACACGAAGACUACAUAUCAGGUUGAGAUACGUUAUGCUAAUAAUACAAAUGAAACGUUUACAUUCCAUGGACCGCCCGGAGCUGAUGAAGAUCCUGGUCCUAUUAAGUGGACUAGACCGUAUUUUGAUUGUGGUCGUUCUAACAAGUGGUUGGUAUCGGCUGUAGUUCCUAUCGCUGAUAUAUAUCCCCGACAUACCCAGUUCAGACAUAUUGAAUAUCCAAAAUACACUGCCAUUGCCGUACUCGAAAUGGAUUUUGAAAGGCUUGAUAUUAACCAAUGUCCGAAAGGUGAGGGCAACAAGGGACCAAAUCAUUUUGCUGAUACUGCACGAUGUAAAAAAGAAACGACUGAAUGUGAACCGCUGCAUGGCUGGGGCUUUAGGCGAGGUGGUUAUCAAUGUCGUUGUAAACCGGGACAUCGUUUGCCUAACGUCGUAAGGCGACCCUAUUUGGGUGAAAUCAUAGAAAGAGCAUCCGCAGAACAAUAUUACAAUGAUUAUGAUUGUCUUAAAAUUGGCUGGAUCCAAAAAGUACCCAUAGAAUGGAAUAGAGCACCCUAUCAUGUGCGUGAAAAAUAUUUAGAUUUACAUAGAGAAUAUCGUAAUUAUUCUACCGGUGCCACAGCUUUACAUGCAGAAAAUUUGAAUAUAGAUCAAGCGUUGAAAUUUAUACAUAGUGUUAAUUAUAGAACUUGCAAAGAUUUCCAUCCCCAAGAUUUAAUUUUACGCAGUGAUGUUAGUUUUGGCGCUAAAGAACAAUUUGAAAAUGAAGCUAAAAUGGCGGUACGUCUUGCUAACUUCAUCAGUGCUUUUCUGCAGGUUUCUGAUCCCAAUGAAGUAUAUUCGGGUAAACGUGUGGCCGAUAAACCACUUACUGAAGAUCAAAUGAUUGGUGAAACAUUGGCUAUUGUUUUGGGUGACACAAAAGUCUGGUCGGCUGCCACACUUUGGGAACGUAAUAAAUUCACCAAUCGUACAUAUUUCGCACCCUAUGCCUAUAAAACUGAAUUGAAUACACGCAAAUUUAAAGUGGAAGAUAUAGCACGUUUGAAUAAAACACAUGAACUGUAUACCGAAAGAAGUUAUUUCAAGUUUUUGAAACAACGCUGGUCUACGAACUUUGAUGAUUUGGAAACGUUUUAUAUGAAAAUCAAAAUACGUCACAAUGAGACAGGUGAAUACAGUCAGAAAUAUGAACACUACCCUAAUUCGUAUCGUGCGGCAAGUUUGAAACAUGGCUUUUGGACACAACCACAAUUUGAUUGUAAUGGUUAUGUUAAGAAAUGGCUUGUGACCUAUGCAGCACCCUUUUUCGGCUGGGAUAGCCUUAAAGUUAAACUGGAAUUCAAAGGUGUGGUAGCUGUUUCCAUGGACUUGUUGCAAUUGGAUAUAAAUCAAUGUCCAGACUGGUAUUAUGAGCCAAAUGCCUUUAAAAAUACCCACAAAUGUGAUGAGAAAACAUCAUAUUGCGUGCCUAUCAUGGGACGUGGCUAUGAAACGGGUGGCUAUAAAUGUGAAUGUCUACAGGGUUAUGAAUAUCCUUUCGAAGAUUUAAUCACCUAUUACGAUGGUCAAUUGGUGGAAGCUGAAUUCCAAAAUAUUGUUGCCGACAAAGAAACACGUUAUGAUAUGUUCAAAUGUCGUUUAGCGGGAGCUUCAGCAAUACAAGCAGCCACCUCAUUAAUCAUUGCACUUUUGGGUUUAACACUGGUUUUACUAUAUAAGUUCAGAUGAAAAGCUUUAGACAAAGGUAAAAUGAUUUGCUCUUUUCUUUGCAUUAGGCAAAAGUAAAAAAAAGAGUUAAACAAAAGCAAAAGACAUGUGUAGUUUUGUAGUUUAUUUUAGUAACUAAGUAAGAAACGAAUCCGUCCAAAAACAAAUAAGCAAUUAUCUCAAAUAACAAAUUAAGUUAAAAUUAUAGGUAUGUGUAUAUUAAACAAGAACAGUUAAGAGUUAAGGAAAAAAACUUGUCACUCAUGUGUCUUCUUCCUUUACACUAUAUAGAUUGUAGAUGUGAGGCUACUCUACUGUCUUAAAAUAAUAUUUUAUAGCAACUUGUUGGUAUAUUUUUCAGCAUUUUGUGAAUUUUUAUUUAAAUAGAAAAAACAUUGUCAUCAUUUAUCCAAAGCGAUUAAGUUGUAGACACAAUCUAUUACAAUGAAUCUCAUUAUUUGUCAUGCUUUUUUUGUGUUUCGAAAUAAAUACACAACAACAACAAAAAUACGCUUUUUAAAAAGUUUGUCAAGGCAUCAUAUAACUCAUGUUCAAAAUUAUACACACUCUGCAGAAACUCUCAUAGAAAAGGUAAUAGUUAAAAAAGAUAAAAAACCUUUAACGCCUCUCUUUAGCUCGUAUUACUCUUUUUUAUAUAAAAAAGUUUUAUGCUGUUGCUUUUACUGCCCAAACAACAAAAAGCACAAAACGGAAAUUGGAAAAAAAAUCAAAAAAUUUUUGAAAAAUAACGCAAAAAUUGAGAGAAAAACAAGCAAAUUUAGUUUUUUAGAAAACUACAAAAUCUGUUUUUAAUAACCAUGAAGUUUUGAACGCUAACGAACGAAAGAACAGCUGUGUCUGUGUAGCAUUAGUAGACAAUAAUAAGCACCACAGAAAAGCUACAAUCAAAAAAGAAAAAUAAAAACGACAACGAAACCUGUUAAUAUCACAAAGUAUCUUAAGAUUGUCGAGAAAUCAUUGCAAGUAAAGAAACUUUGACUGGAUGGAGGUACACACAACAGCUACAGCAGCAGCCUUGAGUGAGAGGAGGGUUGUUACUUGGGUUUUUUGCACCCCUUCUUUAAUGGUCACCACCACAACACGCAGCUAUGACCGUUAAGAAUUUUUAUAUAAAGUUUUUUUUUUUUUGCUUACUUUAUGUGUGCAUUAAUUUUGAUUUCUUUCCUUUUUUCCAUUAAUAAAGGAACUUCCUCUAUUAGAAAAAUGACGGGGUUUCUUUUUUCAUUACGUUCAGUUUUUUUUAUAACGGGCUUUUUGUUGUUGUGCCUUGAUGAUGACGAUGAUCAUCCUCAUCUUUUAUUAUUAUCAUAGCCUGAGAACUUUUUCCACAAACAUUUUCCUUAAAAGAUCCUUUUGCAAAAAACCAGUUUACCACUUGGUUUUGGUCAUAGUAAAUUUCGCAAAAAAAAUCGUAUACACAUAUUUUUUAUGAUUUCAAAAAAGCGUUUUUUUAUAAACAUUUGAUAUCAAAAAAAAAAAAAAAUUGCAAAAAAAACUUACGGCUGUUGUCUAAUAUUUGUUUCAAAAUAUUUUCACACAUUUUUCAUCGUCAGACUAAAGACAACAGAGGAGAGUUUAUCAUCUAUAGAGUGACCAAUAACUAAAAACAAUGAACCCUCUAUUGUUCAAGUUUCCAUAAAAAAGGACACUAUAGAAAUUCUUAAGAUUUUAAUAACGGCAACAACAAAAACACUAAAAUAAACUCCUGCUGUUUUUAAUAUUGAAUAUAAAAUA